ACUGGCGCCUCAUUCAAGCAACGAUCGUGUCUUCAAGUUCUGCCUUCGCAAACUCAACGGAAGAAAGAGGUUUCAGUUCGAUUUCUGCAUCCGGAACACUAGUGUUAUCGUCGUCUGAUUUAUUUUCCGUCCCCGGAAUCGGAACAAAGCGUCGCCAUGAAGCUGAACUACCUCGCGACGAUCGCUGUCACAGUGAUCGUCGUGGCUUCAUUGGACUGCGUUGCAGCCGUCAAGGAGAAAAAAGGCGGUCAUCGCCGUAAACUUAAACCUAUCGACCCAAUGGAUGACGGAGGGCUGAGUAAAGAGCCGGAGUUCGUUUCGAUUCCCAGCGUGUGCCACAAAAUCGCUCUGCGACGCUGCGGUCAAAACUUCAUGAAGCUCUUCAGCCUGGUGCAUUACCUCGACGGCAUGGAUCAUUACAACGCCCAAUGCGCUCUUCGGAAAGCGUUUUUCGCCUGCCACGAAAAGCUGCGACAGAAGCCUUGCAAGCAAAAGAAGCAGUUGGCCAACGGCGAGGAGAAGAAGUUCGUGGCGAAGCUCAGCGAGGCUAUUUGGGCGACUCGAGUUUGUGUCUUAGGAAUCCAACGCGUCGACGAAAUUCCCCAGAGCGGCCGAAUCGAGCGGAAGCGAGUCUGAAUGCGUUCUCCGAAUGGGCGCAGACUCCGCUCGCAGGACCAAUCAAAAGAUGAACGUAUACUCCCAUUCGGUCGGAGCAUAACAUGGACUCGACGCUUUCCCCCGCGAGGAGUCUUCCACCGUCGGCAUCGAAUGGCGCCGUGUUCUGGUCCAGAACUUCUGGAAUGCAUUUUGACACCCAUCGACUGGGAUUCCCUGCUGUCCACUUCAGAAAAUUGACAUGUUGCACGAGAAAAUCGUUUCAACUCGUCGUAGUCGGCUAGAUCCGUUCCUCAUCUUAGAACAUGCUCACAGCGCAUCCAUUGAAUACUUUAAAAACUCAUAAUUGUAUCCCUCAGGAAACUCGCUCUAGAUAAGUAGACAAGACAUAGACUCCAUGAACAGAUCGAGAGAAAAAGUUCACAUCGAUUCUGAUUCUGUAAUUAUUGUAUAUGAUGAUGUUGAUAAAAACUCCUGUUCAAGUUGUACACAAA